UGUUUUGAACUUUGGAUGGCAUGCUCCAGCCUCAGGUUCAAGGCGGGCCAUUUCUUACACCCAAAGCAAAAUAAGAGCUUUGAUUUUGUGAUGGAGAAAGGGGGAAAGAGAGGCCAUGAAUCCUUACGAAAUUUGAGCUUUGUUUUGUGGUGGGUCAUUCGCCUUUUGGUGAUGGAAGGGAGUUGGAGCAGUUUGUGUAAGGAAGAGGGAGGGCUUUGUAGGGACAAUAGUUUUUCUUCUUUGGGUUUUAAUGCUGACUUGAGAAAGAAAGCCAGUAAGCUAACCCUUGAAACCCAUUUCCUUCUUUUCAGGCAUUUUCUUAUUCAUGGAUUGAUAUUUUCACCUACCAGGGUAAGUCAGCAAGAUCAGAAAAAAGAAAGAAAAAACUAUUUUUUCUUAUUGAUGAUUCUUUUUGUAGUUACGUUUUUAAUGACUCCACUUGAUUUUUUUUCCACAUGAGAUUUGGAUCUGCUUCAUUUUUGGGCUCAUGACUAAAUGGAUGGAUGGAGUGGAUGGCCCAACGGUAACGGCCGCACUGUUUUGAGUGAAGUCGGACAUCAAAGGGUAUGAACAGAUCGAUAGCCAGCCAAACGACCCGUUAAAAUGGAAAACAAUCGAUGGUUCAAAUUCAACAAGAAAUUAUCCAAUAAAUUUUUUAUUAGUUAUAUCACAAUUUUAAGACAACUUUGGAUGAUCUUUUUGUUAUGAAGUAAAAGCAUUAUGAUUUUCUUGGUA